AAAGCUCCCUCCCCCCUGCAUCACCACCAGCAGCUUUAUCAGCAAAGCACCGACCACUGCAGAUUUAAAUCGCCCACACAGGGAUCAAACACACUCAGCAGGAACAACUGGACAAAGAACAUUGUCUCAACUCAACACUGGACUUUUACACUUUAAGGAUGGAACGAGGACUGAUCCUGUUGGCUGCUGCGUUGAUGGUUUUUGUGGCACCAGGUGUCCAAGGAACGGCGCAUUUGUCAUUUGCCACUAAUAGAACGGUGAACAUCACUCGGGAUGGUUGUGGAAGCACUAAACUGUGUGUGGAGACACCGGCAGACUGUGACCCCGCAGGAAACGGCACCUGCCUGUUCGGGGCUGUGAACACCAGCACCCCGAUGGCUCCCAACGGCACUGACCUGUCCAUCCAGCUCAGAGGAAACUCACAGGGUUAUGUCGCACUGGGACUUACUGCCAAUGCAUCUGUGGGUAUCACCAUGCUCUUCAUCUGUGCUCAAAACAGCUCAAACAAUGGGACAUUCUUCUUCCGCACAAUGCAGAGAAACAACACAGAUAGUAUGCUCAGUCCAACAGAGACGAUAGUGAGAGAAAUCCGAGGCUCGGUGGAGGGUGACAUGAUUCGGUGCGAGUUCGACGUCCCCGGUGUGAACGCCACCAGCACCAGGACCAGCCAUGCCAUCACCUUCUCCAUCCUGCUGGGGAGUGGCACUGUUACUGGAGGUGUUAUCGGCGCCUUCAACAGCACCCUGAACAGCGGCCCUCUGAAUAUCACCAACCCGGCCAGCAACGUUGUGAACACCACACCAGCACCAACCACAACAACAUCAGGAGCCAGUAGUGUUCUUUACCCUCACGCUUUGCUUCUCCUGCUGAGUGUCCUCACACUGUCCGUCAAGCUGAGAGCCUGAAAGAGUCCGGAGGAAAGUUGUGGCCUGUUUGAUACAGUGAAGACAUGUACGCUGUGUUAAUGCGCAGAGGAAACCUGAGUGUCAACAAACAAUGUAUAAAUUAUGCAUAAAUUGUGUUUUGAUUGCUGAGUACUGAUGUAAUAAUGUAGUAAUGACUGCUGAGUACUCACGGGUCAGAAAGCCAACAUGUGGACUGGCGUCACGGGUGGCGGCUCUAUUUAUUGUAUUGCAUCUUCCUUGUUCUCUCUGGUCAACCUCAGGUCUGUUCAGAUCAGGUCUCUGUCUUGAAAAUUGUCGGGUCCAUUUUGGGUCCAAAAUUGUUGUGCACAGAAGAAGACUGUGUGUCAACAACCUGUAUAAAUGAUGUUUUAAUGAACUUAAUUAGACACAUUAAGUAUAUUUUGUACUAUAUUUGUACCUAAGAUUUGUACGUUGAGCUUAAGCUCAAAACGAAUGAUGUUCAGAAGGCGUUUGCAAACACUUAUUGUGGAUUUACUACGACUACAGAAAGAGUAUUGCAGUUCCAGUUUUGUACUUGUGCAAACUACAGAUCUACAGACUUAAGUCUGACAAGUUUGAGCUGUUUUUCCGGAGCAUCUUGGCUUUAAUCCUCAACUGAGGUACAGCCAACAUCAUUGAAGUAAAACUCAAGCCAAACCAGUUUUAAUACUUGCAUGUAAACGUUCUGUGACUUGAUGGAGAGAUGGGUGAAAAGGUCACCCCACCCUAAGAUGAUAAAGAUGAUGAUGAUAAUAAAGCUGAAACUAUUAUUUA